GAGGACAGGGAUAUUCCAUUGAACCACACGACAACGACACGAUAACAUCUGGCGAAUCCUAUGAUCUUGAACAUGGAGGAAUAAGAGUUCACCUUGGAAACCGUAUCAUCAAGCAUCUCAACUCUUCAAACGCAUCAUCUACCCAUAUCAUCUAGGCCCCGCCUCGGCCUUUGACGAGAUCGAUUAUCGAUCGAAACCUUAUAUCUCGUCUCACCUUCAUCAACACUACCGUCAUUGCUAUCGUGCCUCUUCUCUCGAUAUGGCCACCACUUCCGCAUCUCGGUUCAACCACCCGUUCGCCUCUCAACCCCAGGACAUCCGAUCGAGGACCCAGACGGGCGUAUCCACCUCUUCCUCGCAGAUGUUACCCAGCAUAACCUGUUCGUCCUGUGGGAUCUCGAUCCAGAUGGAUGAUUUGGGUUCGCACGUCUGUCAACCAGGGAAAAGUUAUAAUUCUGGUUCCAAUUCUGGCCCUAGUUCUACCUCGUCCUAUACCGCUCCGCGGGCGAAACUACCGCCUUCGGAUUCUUCCCGUGGGAAGGAAGACAGGCAAGUUCGACCGUACGAUCACCAACAUCAACAUCGACACCAGGACCAGCAAUAUCAGCAUCAGCAUCAACACCAACACCCUCAGCAGAAAGACCGAGAUCGGGAUCGGGGACUCAAGUUGGAUAUGAGUCAGUUGAGACCGCCAGAUACGUCGGGCUUCUUGGCGGCUGGGGAUUCCGGUAUGGCAGGAGUUGGGAGGAGGGGGUUCGGAGGUGGUUCGCCAACGACCCCGGUCUACCAUGCUCCCUUUGGAUCCUCGCCCCAGACGCCCCCUUCAGCUGCGAUGGCCACUCCUCCUAUCCCUGCUGGUAUGGGCAAGCAGAACCAGAGUCAACCGUAUUUCAUCGCCAGUCAUGCGGAUUUCAACCGGCAGGGCGACGAUCGGGGUUACGGGCAAGGACAAGGAGGAUCUUUCGUUCCUGCCGCCAGCUACAGGGAGCGAGGUCCUAGUCCGAUGUUGGGGAGCGAACCUUGGGGGGCUUCCUCCAAACACGGGCAAUCGAGCCAGAAUGGGGGCCGGAGCGCGAAUAAGAACACGGCCGGUCACCGCGAGUACGGACGUCCGCAGGUCCAAGGAGGGUCCUCCAGGUCAGGUAUCCCGAUUCAGUUGGACAUCAAACCUUCCGAGAACCCACAUGCUGUCCCAGGCAUACCGGAUACGAAGAACUUGCAUUCCCCGGCGUUGGUCCCGCAGACAGCGACUUCGGGCUCAUCUUCUUUCGGCUUGCCAAAAGAUAGGGACACGGCGACGACGAGAUCUGCAGCGCUCUCACCAGCAGGCAACUCGGUUAUGACCGGAUCGCUCAAGACGGGAAUCAGCGGUGGCGGGACGAGUCACCCUAGGCCCGAGGUCACACCGAGCGAGUGGAACAGGAAGAUGGAAGGUGCUGGGGUCUUGGACUUGGUCGGCGGAGGAUCGGGUUCAGGACGAUACGGACAAGGUAACGGUCAGGGACAGGGACAUCCACAAGCGCAAGUGGUGAGAUCGAGGUCGAGGUCGAGUGCGAGUACGAAUCCCAGCGCAGGGACCGGGUCGACGACGAGACAGCCACAAGAGUCUCGCCCGAGAGAUCCUCCGUCGACGCGGUCUUCCAUUGACGACAGGUCGAUGGAGAAGCGGUCUUUAAGGGUGACAAACGCGUCCCCCGAGUUGAAUCAGGACGACAAGACCGACACGGCCGUCUCACGCUGGGGGGCGCUCCGGAGCGUCGUCCAGACCGCAGCAACCUUGGCUUCUAGCGGGAUCGCCUCGACGAUCCAAAAGACACCGGGGGAUCAAAACGCUUCCUUCUUGGACGUCCCUUCCACCGCUGACCAGGCCAUUCGACCUAGUCCGGCUAGGAACAACUCGACAUCGACGAAUGAGGCCGGAUCUCCUGCUGCCUCCACGGAGAGCACGAGCCAGACGGGUUCGUCAGGAAAGUUGCCAUUCUUCGAGAGGUACAAGAAGAUGGCCGAGAACACGAACGGGGCGACGUCGAUGGUCCGGCAGAUCUCGGUCAGGGAGGACAACAGGCUGAGAAAGACGCCGGCGAGGUUGAACCCGGAUUUGGACGUCGUUGGCGAAGGAGAAGAAAGUAACGUUCUGGUUGAAUCCCCGUCGAGGUUUGGCUUUGGCGAAAAGGACGGCCGAGAGGAGAGCUCGGCGCUACCAUGGCUUCGAAGAGGUAGCGAGACAUCGGUGCUCGACCGCCGGUUAGGAUCUUCCCAAGCCAAGACGUUCUCGGAUGCAAGCCUGUCCUCGAACGGUUCUACCUCGGAGAGCAAGGCCAGACCUGGUGAUAUGGCCAUCAUCACGCCCAGUGCGAGCAUGAACCAGCUCGACGGGGUCGCCAUGGGCUCUCACCGGGCCUACCAACCUCCUCUACGGGUCCGAGAUGCUUCCGGACCCGACGGCGAGCUCAUCGAAGGUCUGAUCGAGGACCUCAAAACGGACCUCGAUCGACUCGGCAUGCUCUCACCGAAUAUGAGCGUCGAUCGGAGGACGGAGAGAGAAUCGUACCAGUCUUCUCUGCUCGCGCCGUCGGAUAGCAUCUCUACGCCCGGACUGGACUUGCAGAGGCGGAGGAGCGAUUCGACCAAGAUCUCACCACAGGCCGUACCGGGUAAACGGGCUUGUCAGAAAUGUGGGGUCAGCUUGAAGGGAAGGCGGUACGUCAAGCGGGACGGGAUCGUAUUGUGUGAAGCGGACUGGAAGGAGAUGUUCCUUCCCAAGUGCCGCCGUUGUACACUACCCAUCGAGACCUCUGCCAUCUCUUCCUCGGACGGCCAGCUCAAGGGGAAAUGGCACCGCGAGUGUUUCACGUGCCACGAGUGUGACCAACCGUUUAGCGGCGAGAGCUUUUACGUGUUUGGCGACAAGCCGUAUUGUCAGCUGCAUUAUCAUCGGCUCAACGGCUCGCUAUGCGCGGCCACCUCGUGCCGACUCCCUAUCGAAGGCCCAUGCCUAUUGACCUCUGGUAACACUCGAUACCACCCCGGUCACCUCCACUGCGACCACCGGGAUAGGGUCGGAAACUAUUCCUGCCGGAACCCGAUGGAAGAUUAUUACGAGGUCGGCACGAUGAAGGUCUGUGAGCGACACAAGGACGAGGCCUUGAGGGUGAUGAACCGGAUGGCAGGGAAACGGGAUGCGGCGGGGAGGAUGAGCGUGGCGGCCAAGGCGGAGAAGAGGCGGACGAGGUUGAUUCAGAUGUAAGGGCAGCGGGUGAUGGUAGUCGCAACUAUGGACAGUGGUCUCGAUCAUAAUGAAACAGCGAAUGACAUGUAACAUGACAUGCAUGACCGGCUUUGUAGCAAGAUACAGACGUCACGAGCAAUAAAUGGAAAUGAACGUUUCGGUCAAGUCCGGCGCUAGUUGAUUCCCACAUGGCCCGAUCUUCCCGAUCCUCGAAGGAAAAUGAAAU